AUGGAAAACUGCAAUGGGACGGGGAGUCUGUGGUAUGAGCAGAUAAAAACAGAGCUGUUCUUAAAGAUAAAGCUGGUGAUCACCAGCGUCAGCUGUCUAGUGAACCUUCUGCUGAGCCUACCCCUGCUCUUCGUGAUCACGAGGAACCCCUCUGUCCAGCGCAAGCUCCGCUACGUCCUUCUGGCCAACCUCCUAAUCUGUGAUAACUUACAGCUGCUUCUCAGCACUGUGCACUUCUCCACCUGCUUCUACUUACGCCACUGCUCCUUAAUCAAUUGCUUCAUGUUCAUCAUCCUGUCCUUCAACUUCUGUAUAGUGGAGGUCUUCUUCACCAUAGCUUUCUCGGUUGACCGAUGCAUCGCCAUCAAGUGGCCACUGCAGUAUGAGACCAUCUUUAGUUCAGGGAGAAAGAAGACCAUUGUGGCUGCUGUUUGGUUACUUGCUAUAUUGUUGACCCUGGUGGCAUUGUUUGUAGCUUUGAAUAAGCUCCCCAUGAAUGUUCCCAUUGAGCGAUGCCAUCUUUUCAUCGUUGCUCCCUGCCUCUCGGAUUCUGGUAUUUUUGAAGGCUACAGCACAUUAAUGAGUGCUAUCUUGCUUCUCGGUAGUUACCUCUGCAUCCUGGGCUGCUUGCUGCUCCUGUGCUGGGACACCCGACUCUUCCUGAAGACCCGACGAGCGUGGGUCACCCUGGUGAUGCAGGUGCUUCAGCUCAUCUUCUACUCUGCUCCUUUGCUCGUAGAUAUAUUUUUAAUCAAGAACUUGAAAGACAAGGAUGAUACAGACAUCACCAUCAUUGCUAUCUUUAAUCUAUGA